UAAAACAACAUUUGUGUGUGUUUUGAACAUCAUCAAUCAAGAUAGAUCAAUGGCUUGCUUAAACAUGCAAGUCAAGAAUGAAACACAAGGAGACCUGAUGGACCCAAGAAUCUCUUUCUCAACUGAUUUCAUUGAUUCAAAUAAUCACCAUGAAAACAGUUACACCGAAGCCCCUGUGUCUUCUGAUUUUGAGUUUUCAGUUCCCACAUUGUCCUUAAAUUCUGCAGAUGAAGUUUUCUUCAAAGCUGCUGGUAAACUUCCACCAUUGAAGGAGAAGGUGGUGGUGACACUCAGAGAUGAGCUUCUUGCAGAUGAUGAUGAUGAUGAUGUUAUGUUCUUUAACAAUUAUAAGAACUCAAAAGGAUGGUGGAGAGAGAAGUUUGGGCUCAGAAAAUGUCAAAACAAGAAUCUUGUAGGGUUAGAAACCAUUGAUGAAACAAAGAUUAAACCUACCUUUUAUAAUCCCAAUUUCUCAGGAAGCAAUCGAUAUAAGUGAAUUAACGAAGGAUCAAUUAAGGAGUUAGGAGCUGAAGUAGUUCAUUGUUUAGUGUGAAGUGUUUUUUUUUUUUUUAAUUUUUAAUAUUUUCCAAGCUAGUUAAUAUUUCUGAGAAGUGUGAGUUUAAGACAUUUAUGUGCAUGAUAAGUCAUUUAACAGCUGUUUCUGUGUUGUGUACAAAUAUUUGCAAUUUUGUAGUUAAAAGAAUUUCAGUCCCCUUUGUAUCCCAAUUAUUUCAUAGUA